CAGUGCGUCGAUAUAGAACAUCCUCCUCCUCAUCAUCAUCGUCAUCAACUGGACCUUCUCCCUCACCUUUUUUUUUUUUUGAAGGAUGUAUUUACUAUUUAUUGUAAGGAAUUAAAAGUGUUUCCAAUCCAUCAGACGAAACGAACAACGUGCAAUAACAAUGUAAAGAAACAUUUACUUUAAAGAGUUUCUCUUGGACGGAAAAUACCUGAAAAGCAAAGAUGAAAAGCUUUUUUUUACUCCUCUUUCUUUUCUUAACAUCUCUACUAAUGAUGGCGGUCGAUGGCCGCCACCCCACCUGUAACUUCCUACUGGAGGUGGAGAAGGACCACGACGAGUGUUUGAAGAGACUGAAGGACCAAGAGCAAGACAGACAACACCAAGAAGCGGGAUGCAAAGGAGCAUGGGACAACAUCACGUGCUGGGAGCGCACCGGGAUCGGACAGACCAUCACCAUCCCGUGUCCCCGUGUCCUCAAGAUCGUCUUUGGCACGAACGGAAGCAUCAGCAGGAACUGCACGGCAUCAGGAUGGUCUGAGGUAUUCCCAAACAUCGCCAGCGCGUGCGGGUCGGACACCAGUCAGGACAAGCUGGUGUUCUACGUGCUGGUGCAGACGUUAUACACCUUGGGUCACAGCCUGUCACUCAUCGCUCUGACCACAGGGAGCGCUGUCCUCUGCCUCUUCAGGAAGCUCCACUGCACCAGGAACUACAUCCACCUCAACCUCUUCUUCUCAUUCAUCCUGAGAGCCGUGGCCGUGCUGGUCAAGGACGACAUCCUCUUCAGCCGCACCUCCACCUGCUCCACUCAGCCAUCCCUGGUGGCGUGUCGAGCCAGUCUGGUUUUCCUGCAGUACUUCAUCAUGGCCAACUUCUUCUGGCUGCUGGUGGAGGCCUUGUACCUUCACACGCUGCUUGUGGUCAUCUUCUCGGAAAACAGACAUUUUGUGGUCUACAUGUUUAUCGGCUGGGGAAUCCCGGCAGUGUUUGUCUUCACUUGGGUGAUGAUGAGGAUUUAUCUGGAGGACACGGGAUGCUGGGAGAGGAACGACAACCCAAUACCAAACUGGGUCAUCAAUGGACCCAUUGGACUGUCUAUUGUGGUCAACUUCAUGCUCUUCAUCAGCAUCAUUCGGAUUCUGGUACAGAAGCUGCAGUGUCCUGACGUGGGCGGCAAUGAGCAUUUACAGUACGGGAGGUUGGCCAAGUCCACGCUCCUGCUCAUUCCCCUUUUUGGGAUUCACUACGUGGUCUUUGUUUCUCUCUCGGAAUCCAUAGCCGAAGACUACAAGAUCUUUUUUGACUUGGCUCUCGGCUCUUUCCAGGGUCUGGUGGUUGCCAUUCUGUACUGUUUCCUAAACAGUGAGGUGCAAAGUGAGCUGAAGAGGAAGUGGCGUAGCGUGUGUCUAAAUUGUCGUCUGAACAGAGCCCAGCGCCUAAGCAACACUUUGGCUUCCAGGAACGGUUCUGAACACUUGGUGCAGUUUCAACGCACGUCUAGAACUCAGUCCAUCCUGCAGUCAGAGACCACUGUGCUGUGACCAAGACACCAGAGGGAGCUACGUCGUUUGACUUAAAGAACCGACCUGCUGCCUUGAAAGUGUAGACCAUGUAAGGUUCUCACUAAAAAUCAUCACGGAGGUCAGUUGAACGGGUUCAGCCUAAGUUAGGUGUUAUUCAUUUACAAGCGACUGAUGAGUGUAUGAAUAACAAGAAGUUACUCCACUUCAUACAAACAUGGACGCAUGCAGAAUGCAUUGCACAGCUGGCAACAGGUGCAUUGGCGGUUAAGUCUUACCAAUCACACUUAUAACACUAGAAAAAGUGCUUUGGACCAGACAUCUGAAGAAGCCACCUGUGAAGCCACCUGAGAAAACGGCCCCAUAGACUGCAGGAGUGCAAUUAUGUAACAGUGAAAACCAUGAACAUUUUUGCAGUUUGCCUUUUGUAGUUGUGAUUGUGGUUCAUUGAUGUUUCUUCAUUUUUGUAUUGAGGGAAAAAAAACUUAAGGAAUGAUUAUGGUAGAUUUUGAAGUAAUUUGAAGGCAUGCUGUCUUUGUUGAACUUUUAUCGUAUGCAAGAAACUAUUCAUAGAUUUAAAAAAAAAAAAAAAGUCCUAUUUAUUUGAGUCAUAAUAAUGAAGGUGUGUCACACAUUUAUCAGUGGAGAGGAAAAAAAAGUGUUGGCUUAGGACGGUACCUUGUGGAACACCAGCAUUCAGUUUGUUUGCUCUGCAACUCUUGAGUUGAAGUCUUUCUUUUGAAGAAUACCUUAGUGUAUAUGAUGGUUCAGCCUUAACAACACUGUAUUAUAAAUCUGUAAAUAUG